CACAACACACACACACACCAUUGCUGGUCAUUGUCCUCCUCCUCCUUCCAGCUCAGCUUGCAAGAGCCAUUGCAUCCUCCUUUGCUGCUGCUGCUUCUGAGAUCUCUUCUUUUCCUAGCCUGGAUCUGGUCUUGUACCACCAUCACCAUCACCCAAAGACUUUCUCCUCCCAUGGAUUGGGGGGGACUCUAGGGCCUAAGCAUCACACACACACACACACACACACACCGCACCCUGCCUGCCUCCCACCCAGAAAACCUUCCGAUGGAUGGGAGACCUAUCAAGAUGGCUUGAUUUCCAUUGCUGCAUAUUUGGAAGGCAGGAGGGUCCUUGCUAGAGGAAAUCCCCCCCCCUUGAAGUAAUGGACUGAUCCAGAAAGCAGCUCUUUGAGGGAUCCCUGCUGGGAUGCAGUGGGAUCCCCUGCUUUGGUCUGCCUUGGAGGAAUGGUCCCAGGGAGGAAGAUCUGGUGAACUCCUGCUUCUUUGUUGUUGUUGUUGUUGAAGGAAUGGAUCAAUCCGGAUAAUCCCCCCCCCUUUCCCCCUUUAAAGGGAGGAGGAAGAGGAGGAGGAGGGGAUCCCUGCUGCUUGGCUAUCAGGAUGGCAAUGGGCUGAUCCAAGGUGGGAUCUGGUAAGAGGAAAACCUGCCAGCUUGGGGUUUUUCCCCCCUCAUCCCUUCUGUUGUUGUUGUGAGACUGAUGGGGAAAGUCAGCCUAGACCCUGCUUGGAUUUGAUGGAGAGGGAGGAAGAUGAAGUAACCUUGGUCCCAGACAUGGCAAAGGGGGACCAGUUCAUCUGGGUGCAUCCUCUAACCCAGUGGCAGACUCUGCCCUCCAUCUCCACCGACCCUCCUGUUCCUCCUCCUCUUCCUCUCCAUCAUCCAGAAUUGGUCCUCUCAUUCUCUUAAGCAUCCUUCAUCACCAUCAUGAAGAGAAGUGGCAAAGGUCUUCCUGCCAGGUGCCACCUCACCCAGGCUGACUACUGAGGACAAUAAGGAAAGGAGGAGGAAGAGGAGAAGGAGGAGGAAGAAGAAGAGGAGGAGGAUCAGGGCCUGCCGGAAGGGACCAAGGAGAAGAAGGGGGCCACCCCUUUGAGAUGACAGCUUCCCCGUCCCCAAUCCUUCCUGGGAGGAGGCACCAAGACCGGUCUUGUCGCCUAGGCAACAGCUCUGGGACACCCCUUGCCAUCCUCCCUUGACAGGAUCCCAGCCCUGGGUAACCAGGACCAAGGUGGGCUUGGGGACCACCAGCUCUUUGCUCUCAUCCCCAUCCACCCAACCAUCCAAGCGACUGGUCCAAGUGUCAUCUCUCUACUCCUGAUUUUCCAGACCAGAGGAUCCGAGACAAUGCCUCCCUUUUCCACUGGGAUCAUGGGCCAUCACCGGGCACGUCGCCGCUGACCCAGUGUCCCCUUUCUUCUGCUCCACCUAAAGAUGGCCAGUGCCAAUGAGACUGAAGAGGCCCACGGCUCAGCACCUCAUGCAGCCUCCACCUACGCCAAGCUGUUGCUUCUGGGCCUCAUAAUCUGUGUGAGUCUGGCAGGGAACUUAUCCCUUUCAUUGCUUGUGUUGAAAGAACGUGGUCUCCACAAGGCCCCCUACUACUUCCUGCUGGACUUGUGCCUGGCUGACGUAAUCCGCUCAGCUGUCUGCUUCCCUUUUGUCCUUGUCUCUAUCCGCCAUGGCUCUGCCUGGACUUACAGUGUGCUGAGCUGCAAGAUUGUGGCUUUCAUGGCUGUCCUUUUCUGUUUCCAUGCUGCCUUUCUCCUUUUCUGCAUCAGCGUCACGCGCUACAUGGCUGUGGCCCACCACCGCUUCUAUGCCAAACGCAUGACCUUCUGGACGUGCAUAGCUGUCAUCUGCAUGGUGUGGACUUUGUCAGUGGCCAUGGCCUUCCCGCCAGUCUUUGAUGUUGGGACUUACAAGUUCAUCCGUGAGGAGGACCAGUGUAUCUUUGAGCACCGCUACUUCAAAGCCAAUGACACUCUGGGUUUCAUGCUCAUGCUAGCUGUUCUGAUCUUUGCCACCCAUGUGGUUUACAUCAAGCUCCUUCUAUUUGAGUACCGCCAUCGCAAGAUGAAGCCUGUCCAGAUGGUCCCAGCUAUCAGCCAAAACUGGACGUUUCACGGGCCCGGAGCCACAGGGCAAGCUGCAGCUAACUGGAUUGCUGGCUUUGGCCGUGGUCCCAUGCCUCCCACCUUGUUGGGCAUCCGGCAGAAUGCCCAUGCUGCCAACCGCCGCUUGCUAGGCAUGGAAGAAUUCAAAGCUGAGAAGAGGCUAGGUAGGAUGUUCUACGUCAUCACUUUGCUCUUCUUAGUUCUCUGGUCACCCUACAUUGUGGCCUGCUACUGGAGGGUAUUUGUCAAAGCCUGUAGCAUCCCCCACCGCUACCUCUCCACAGCUGUUUGGAUGAGCUUUGCCCAAGCGGCUGUCAACCCUAUAGUUUGCUUUCUACUCAACAAAGACCUCAAGAAGGGCUUGAUUGCCCACAUUCCCUGCUGGAGGACAGAGCCUGAACUACCCAGAGAGCCUUACUGUGUAAUGUGAGCAGCGGUGAGGGUUGGCUGGAAGGCAACCGCCUGUGCCAAACUGAAUUUGGGUUUUCUUUUUUUAUUUAUUUAUUUCACAUCACACAAGAUGCCAAAUGAUGGGUCGUUUUUCUUCCCCUGCAACUUUGGUGAUGUUCCCCGGAGUAUUUGGUGUCACAAAUGGACUAAUCUCUCAGUUAUCCUAGGGCAAGCUUCCCACAACACCCAUUAACUGCAGUGAGAUCAGAGCUGGAUUCUGGUCUCACCACCCCUGGGGUAAAUCUAGAGUCAUAUGAUGACAGUAACUGGUCCCCAGUAGUAUUCUAGCCACUUCUUCAAGGAGGUGCAAAAUACCCUGUAUUUUUACAGAGCUUUUCUGUUUUUAUACUCUGCAAGGUAAAGUCAGGCACCCCAAAAGUGCAUAGAACCAAAAUGCAAGAUUUCUUAAUGUCCAUUAUUCCUCUUAUUUAGCAGUUCUAAAGGUAUGGGUAGUGUUGCUAAAGGGAGACCGGGUCAGAUCUUUGUGCUUAGGUCACCUAAUGCAAAGAUAGAGCCAUUACACCCAUUAGACCAAGCAAGGCUGAUUUGGUUUUAAACCUGAAGGGUGGUGAUGGCAGCAGGGUUCUAGCGAUGGAAUCAGCUUUUGUGUAAGAUUAAUUUUCUGAUCUAGCCAGUCAGUCCAUCAAUUAAAUUAAUUCCACAUGGUCUCAACAUUUAAAGGAGGGGGUACAGAGGUAGGAAGGAUGGAGGAUGGGGCAAAGGAAAUAGGCAGCAAACACAGCUGUUCUGGGGAAUGCCAGGGAGCCAGCCGUGUGACUUAGCUCUUUGUCAGUCAGAAGCUGUAACCAAGGGAGCCUUGGAAAACCCACCUCAGUUGCCAUGGCAGCAACCAAUCCAGAGCCCCGUAGAGCAUGUCACCCUGGAACAAUGCAAGCAGGAAGAUGUGGGGUGGGGUGUGGGGGAGGAAAUCCUAAUGCACUCCUUGGGAAAAAAGGCAGAGACAUCAACAUGCAAGGCAGAUAGUGAAGCACCUCCAAGGCUGCAGAAAAUGCAGGGUGGCGAUCAGGAGCAAUGAUGUCACAGCAUGGCACAUGCCCUGCUAAAACAGAAAGCCAAAAACAUCAUAGUCGCAAGGCUUAUUCGGCUCUAGAGCGCCCUCCUCACCCAUCCUCAUGCAUGCAAAUGGCACAGCGCCUUGCUCUCCAUCUUGCCACAGAACUGUUCACACCUUUGUUGUGAAACAUGUAGAGACCAAGUAGGAGAAGUGUGCCACUCCCAGAGUUGCUGUCUCAUAUCUGGAUUUAUUCCAGUGGACUAGUUGUCAGUGUUUUGGGUCAUUGAAGGAAAGCAGACAAAUGACUUUGUGGGUUAUAGGGAAACCUUAGUUCUAUGUCCAUCUUUUGAGAAGGGACUCAAGCCUAGGAGAGAAAGUAGGGAGGAGGGACACAGGACAGGAGUAGGAGUUUUACUGUCUCAGAGAGAAAAGAUGGGCACAGUGAGAAGGAAAGAGGGCUUCUUCAGACCUGGUUUGUAGAGGUUUAUCUUUUUUUAGGGGAAGGGGAAACAUGGAAGUCAGAAUCCUCUGUUCUGUUUUCAUCUAAAAAUAUGAACAGAGUCUGAUAUUGGGAGCAGGAGAAAGUAGGAAUAUAGAUGUCUGGGUUCAUGCUUAGCUGUGAUGCCCACCUACUGUAUCUGAAUAUUGCAUUACCCAGAGGCAGGCACUCUUGAAAUAAUUCCUACUUUUUUUAUUUGAUCCCUGCCAACGAGAGGAAGGGCACAUGCAGGACCCUUCCUCAGUCUCCAAAGGACUAUUGUUAAUAAUGAGGUGGAAGAUGGGGUGGGAGAAAGGACUGAGGGGGAAAGAGGUGGCAGGAACGCGAGGCCCUGAAGUUGGUAGUAUUGUGAGAGAAAAGCAAAAGGACACAAAGAGGGAUAGGUUAAGGGACAAGUUGAGAGAACAGAGCACAGUUCACAAGGUGGAGGAAUCCAAGCCUGGGGUUGCAGGGAGGACAUGGGGAACAAGAUGAGAGAAUGGGGUGGGGAUUGGGGCUUUCCCCCUUUCUCCCCUUCCAAAGGACCCAGAUGUUGACUUUUGCCUCUGAAGAAAAGACUGUUCAUCUUACCCUCCAGUCCUGCUACCACAGUAUGGCCUUAAUCACUGGCCAGAGUUAUGGCCACCCCACGGAAAUCCAUAUUUGAAAAAUAUGGAAGAUGAACACAGAUCAUUUCCAGAAUGCUUUUUUUUUCUGGAUAGAGACAUUUAAAAAAAAUUGGUUUUCUUUUUGGUUUUCUUUUUAAAAGGGGAAGUGAAUAAAGAAUUUGCAACUUU